AUGGGGCUUGGAAAGACUCUAGAAGUUAUUGGUCUAAUAUUAAGCCAUCAGCGAGGUAAAGGACUUCCACCGAUUGUUGGAGAUUUGAUUAGAGAAGUUGAUACAGUGAAAAUAAUUGUCGGUGAACUUAUCUCUACAGUUGUAGCUGCAACGGAUGGAUAUUCAGCAUUGCAGGAUAAAGUAAAUUCGAGGUAUCGUCGAAUGUUUUGUUAUGAUAAUUUGGAAUCCAUGAAUCCAAAGAGAUCUAAAAGCAAAAAUAACGUGCUGAAACCGCUGACCAUAACUUGUACAACAUGUUCCACAAUUUGUUCUCAGGAACGAGUUUAUUGGGAUCGAUUUCGUUCACAUAACAUUCCUUUUUAUGUCCGGAAUGUAUUCACGAUAAAGUAUGUGGCAACUGUUUCAAAUAUUCUAAAAGAAAAAGUGUAUCCAGUGAAAGGUACGCUUAUUAUCGCACCAUCGACAAUUUGUCAUCAGUGGUAUGAAGAGUUGAAGCGACAUAUCCGUGAUGAUAUUAAAAUUGAUAUGUACCGAGGACUGAUUAAUGACGGUUACAAACAUCCAGAAUAUCUGGCAACUCAGGAUGUUGUUAUCUGCUCUUUUGAGACACUCCGACAAGAAGUAUAUUUUGUAGAAGCUCGACCAAGAUUAGAUUCUUUACGAUAUGGCAAAAGGCAUCACAUUGCUCCUACUCCAUUGUUAGCUAUGGAAUGGUGGCGUAUUUGUAUAGAUGAGGCGCAGAUGGUAGAAAGUACAUCAAGUUCAGUAGCAUUAAUGUGCGAUGGUCUUAAAGCAGUAAAUCGUUGGUGUAUUACGGGUACACCGAUCACCAAUUCAUUGCAAGAUUUAUAUGGUCUUGUACGAUUUUUGGGGAUACAACCGUUUUGGAAUGAAUGUUGGUGGCGUAAUGCAUUGAUGAAACCAUAUCAAAAUGGUGAUGGAAAACCAAUUUUCGAUUUAUUUUCUAAAAUAAUGUGGAGGAAUACGAAAAAAACUGUUUGUGAUCAGAUGCUUUCACCAUCAAAAAGUAGCAAUUUAACCGUUUUACGAUUUACACCUAUAGAGGAACAAUUUUAUCGUGCAACUUUAUCAAACUGUCGUUUAAAAGUUCGUUAUAUGCCUUAUUUGCACAAUUUGAAUACCCCAAUUUCAUCACUUCAUGGGAAAGACUUUGAAAAAUUAAUGGAACCUUUGCAAGUGCUGCGGAAAUUUAUUGUUUUCCCUAGUCUUCGUUUCCAGGAGUCAAAGGCCAGUGUUAAUACGGAAGAUAGUUUGCAAGAGGAACUGUUCCGGAUCUCAACACAGCAAGCUGAAGUUCAUCAAAGGAAUAUAUUGAUGUAUUAUUGCGGCUUAGCCGGAUUAGAAUGGCUCUGUGAAAACGAGGCUAAUGCUGCGAAAUAUUACAGUGGUGCGAUCAGUGCAAUGAAGGAACUAGAUCAAAUGAAUAACAAACUUGGGUUGAAAGGAUCAAGAUGCGCUUAUAGACAAUUGAGGUCGGACAGGUUACAACAAAUCCAUAUAUUUUCUGCCAUCUUGGACUUGCAGAAAGGUGGUGUUGAAGUGCGAGGUAUUAAUCAGAAUGAAGCUGAAGCUCAGCUAAAUUUGGCUUUUACGGGUUAUACUGAACAAACGGUAUCAAAUUUGACGCAAUCAUAUGUUGCUGUUAAUGAAUCUUUCCUAAAAUACCAGGCCACUUUAUCGAAGGUGAAAUCAAGUAUUGGAUGGUUAUGUGAAGCAAUCAGCUUAGUGAACAGUGCUGGACAGCAACAUCUUUUCAUUGAUGCCAUUCGAACGGCGAUCGAGAACAACGGGAUGCCGAAUAUUCCGGCAUCAAAUUUACUGGGCUUAAAUUUGUACGUAGUAAGGCGGUGGGAUGAACUGAUCGAGUGUGCUCAGAAGGUGCUCUCGGAAACGAAAAAAAUUGCGAAGAAUAAUAUUAUGGAGAAGAAAUGGACUGUCAUUUUGGAAGCUAUCAUUACAUGUCAUUUUUCACCGAGUGAUGGCAAAUCAUCGAAGAACUGCUCGCUAUGUAUGUGUAAUAAACAAAUCAGUCAAUUGGAAUCCCUUCUCUUCAUUAGAGGUUCAAAAACUCUCAAGGGUCAGGAUGUUGAUGAAGCAGGUACAGCUGGAGAGCAAAAAAUUUCAAGCCUCGAAAUAAUCAUUCGAGCUUUCUUGGGAACAUUUGUCAGAAUGCAAAAGGGAGUGCAGUGUGAUCUGGUUGGAUUGGGCAAGGAAACAGUUGCUCAGUUGGAGGAGUUAAAGACUUUGCUGGCUCUUUCAAAACGACUUUAUGCUUCGGCCAAUGAAUACGCUGCUAAAAUUGAUGAGGUUCGCCAAUGUAAGCUUCGUCUGCAAUAUGCAACAAUGGAUGAAAUAACAAAAUAUGGUUUACGUUUGCCCAUCAAUUUAAUCAUUCGAGGAACAGAAAACAAUAAGCGUCAAACCGAUUUGAAUGCGUUAGAAUUGGAGAAGCUGAAGCAAUCUCGUUGUUUUGCAAAAUUACGUUAUUUGUCAAAUUUGCGUUCCCAGCAAACGCACGAUUGUCCAAUAUGCUUAACAACUGUGAGGAAUGCGUGGAUUGUCUAUCCUUGUGCUCAUUGCGUUUGCGUAUCAUGUUUCAAUCGACUUACUAGACGUAAUGGAGCAAUUCUUAGAAAUGAUGGACUACUCGUAUGUGUCGUGUGCCGAGCCACAACUUAUAUAAGUCAAAUUUCAUAUGUCCAAAGUAAGGCAUCAGAAAAGUGCACCCAUUUGUUGGAUGUACCAAAUGUGCAGUUGAAAAGGAGUGUUUCUGUCAAGGUUGAUGCUAUAAUACGACGUAUUAAAUCCAUUCGCCUGCGUGACCCAACAUCGAAGACUUUGUUGUUUACAUCUCUUUCAAUGCUUAUCAAUCCUCUUUGUUCUGUGUUAUCCGAAAAUAACAUCAAUUUUCGGAACUUCUUGAGGACAAAUCGACAAAAAAUUCUUGCUGAUUUUCGAUUAAAACCUGAAAUUGAAUUACUUGUUAUGCCAAUGAGUUCGGGCGCACGUGGUUUGAAUCUUACCGCUGCCAAUAAUAUAAUAUUUGUGGAGCCACAGAUGGAUAUUUCUCAAAUUGCCCAAGCGAUAGGUCGAAUUGAUCGGAUCGGUCAAAAAAAGGCAAUGAUGGUACAUCACUUUGUAGUUUAUGGUUCCAUCGAGGAACAAAUCUAUUACAAGUAUUCUCAAGAUCAGGAUAAAGAUUGGACUGUGCAGAGCAUUGUGCAUCUUCUUGGUUUAAUGGGUAAUAAUGAAGAACUAAUGUGCGAAGAAUAAUUUCUGUGAGGAAUAAUUUUCGGUUCAAAGCAGGAUUGUGAUAUUCCAUUGUUCUCUUCAACUUCAGGAUCUCUUUUGUAUUUUAAUUUUACUUUGUUAAUUUGUUCAUUUAGUAGAAAGAAAAUGUUGAGCUUGAAAGGAUUGAUUUUUGUUUUUUUUCUUUUUUAUGGCUUAGCACAAGAAUGACGCGCUAUUGUUUUAGAUGCUUUUUUUUUCACAAAAUGUAUAGCGCACAUGCACUUGUAUGCGUUACUUUUUCAAAACUGUAAAGGAAGCUUUACGUUGUCGAGCUAAAUUGUAUGAAAUACUAUACGAGCUUUUAAUAUUACUCUGUGAUAAAGAUAGUGAAGAUUUCAAC